UAACCUUAAGUUCAGGAAAAUCUCGUCGUGAAAUGAGCAAAGGAGUAGAAAUCUUUUACAAGGGCCAGAAGGCGUUCUUGAACAUCUUCUCGUUGUGGCCUCAGAAGGAACGCUGGUGGAGAAUCAUCCACCAGGUGAACUAUGUCCACGUAAUUGUGUUUUGGGUGCUGCUCUUUGAUCUCCUCUUGGUGCUCCAUGUGAUGGCUAACUUGAGCUACAUGUCCGAUGUUGUGAAAGCCAUCUUUAUCCUGGCCACCAGUGCAGGGCAUACCACCAAGCUGCUGUCCAUUAAGGCGAACAAUGUGGAGAUGGAGGAGCUCUUCAGGACAUUGGAUAACGAAGAGUUUCGUCCUAGAGGCGCCAACGAAGAGUUGAUCUUUGCAGCAGCCUGUGAAGGAAGUAGGAAGCUUCGAGACUUCUAUGGAGCGCUCUCGUUUGCCGCCUUGAGCAUGAUUCUCAUACCCCAGUUCGCCUUGGACUGGUCCCACCUUCCGCUCAAAACAUACAAUCCGCUUGGCGAGAAUCCUGGCUCACCUGCUUACUGGCUCCUCUACUGCUAUCAGUGCCUGGCCUUGUCCGUGUCCUGCAUCACCAACAUAGGAUUCGACUCUCUCUGCUCCUCCCUGUUCAUUUUCAUCAAGUGCCAGCUGGACAUUCUGGCCGUGCGACUGGACAAGAUCGGUCGGUUAAGCACUACUUCUGGUGGCACUGUGGAACAGCAACUUAAGGAAAAUAUCCGCUAUCACAUGACCAUCGUUGAACUGUCGAAAACCGUGGAGCGUCUACUUUGCAAGCCGAUUUCGGUGCAGAUCUUCUGCUCGGUUUUGGUGCUGACUGCCAAUUUUUAUGCCAUUGCUGUGUUGUCUGACGAGAGGCUGGAGCUGUUUAAGUAUGUGACCUAUCAGGCGUGCAUGCUGAUUCAGAUUUUUAUAUUGUGCUACUAUGCCGGUGAGGUAACCCAGCGCAGCCUGGACCUUCCGCACGAGCUGUACAAGACCUCCUGGGUGGACUGGGACUACAGGAGCCGUAGGAUUGCGCUCCUCUUCAUGCAACGCCUUCAGUCGACCCUGAGGAUUAGGACACUAAAUCCCAGUCUUGGUUUUGACCUAAUGCUCUUCAGCUCGGGCUCAUUAGCCAAUUUAAGUUCGUGGCCUAUAAAAGGCUUUCCUCGGGCGGUUCAUGAUGGAAAAGUGAAAAUCGUCAGCAUGUCUCAGCAUCAGAUGGUAACGGAGGACUUCUAUAAGUACCAGGUGUGGUACUUCCAAAUCCUUGGUGUUUGGCAGCUCCCCACUUGGGCUGCAGACCACCAGCGUCGAUUUCAGUCCAUGAGGUUUGGGUUUAUCCUGGUCAUCCUGUUCAUCAUGCUGCUGCUUUUCUCCUUCGAACUGUUGAACAACAUUUACCAAGUGAGGGAGAUCCUAAAGGUAUUCUUCAUGUUCGCCACCGAAAUAUCCUGCAUGGCCAAACUAUUGCAUUUGAAAUUGAAGAGCCGCAAACUCGCUGGCCUCGUUGAUGCGAUGUUGUCCCCGGAGUUCAACGUUAAAAGUGAACAGGAAAGGCAGAUGCUGGAAUCAGAUAGAGUGGCGGUUGUCCGUAUGAGGAACUUCUACGGCAUCAUGUCUCUGGGUGCGGCUGCCCUGAUCCUUAUAGUUCCCUGUUUCGACAAUUUUGGGGAGCUACCACUGGCCAUGUUGGAGGUGUGCAGUAUCGAGGGAUGGAUCUGCUAUUGGUCGCAGUACCUGUUCCACUCGAUUUGCCUGCUGCCCACUUGUGUGCUGAAUAUAACCUACGACUCGGUGGCCUACUCGUUGCUCUGUUUCUUGAAGGUUCAGCUCCAAAUGCUGGUCCUGAGAUUAGAAAAGUUGGGUCCUGUGAUUGAGCCCCAGGAUAACGAGAGGAUCGCCAUGGAACUGCGUGAGUGUGCCGCCUACUACAACAGGAUUGUUCGGUUCAAGGACUUGGUGGAGCUGUUCAUUAAGUGGCCAGGAUCUGUGCAGCUCAUGUGUUCUGUUCUGGUGCUGGUGUCCAACCUGUACGACAUGUCCACCAUGUCCAUUGCAAACGGCGAUGCCAUCUUUAUGCUCAAGACCUGUAUCUAUCAGCUGGUGAUGCUGUGGCAGAUCUUCAUCAUUUGCUACGCCUCCAACGAGGUUACUGUCCAGAGCUCUAGGUUAUGUCACAGCAUCUACAGCUCGCAAUGGACGGGAUGGAACAGGGCAAACCGCCGGAUUGUCCUGCUCAUGAUGCAGCGCUUUAAUUCCCCGAUGCUCCUGCGCACCUUUAACCCCACCUUUGCUUUCAGCUUGGAGGCCUUUGGUUCUAUUGUUAACUGCUCCUACAGCUACUUCGCACUGCUGAAGCGCGUCAACAGUUAAAUUUCGAAGCACCGCAGCACCAAAAAAGUUUCAAGUCGAUUUUUAAAACCACUCAAAACUUUAUGCACGUACAUGAAAUGAAAUUAUUGUAUAGAAAUUAGCAGUUGUUUAUUAAAUAUUUCGAAAAACUAA